CGGGAAUGGCCGUAGUUAGGGAAUCCGGAAGUGAUGGCUUUCAUCUAAACAAACGACAUGGGUUGAUUGUGCACAAUGUCAUCAAGAGGCCUAGUCCUCCGUUUCCAAACCCAAGUCCAGAGAAGGUAAUGGAAGGAGAGUGACUGUCAGAGACUUCAACUGAGUUUGUGGAGAAAAGGUUUACAUGUCAGCCAUGGCUCGGGAGGACGACGAGGAGGAUCUGACAGUCAGUGGACCCAAGGAGGUGGACGUCUUUACUUCAGUGCGUUGCUUGGGUUACCUGUCCAGCAUCAACCUCCUUGUGGCACUAUGUGUUGGCAUGUAUGUGCGCUGGGAGAUGACAAGCGAACCAAUGAUUCUAGUCAUCUUCAUCCUGGGCCUCUUUGUCCUGGGGAUAUCCAGCAUUCUUCAUUACUACUUUGCUAUGGAGAAGGCCAGUCUCAGUUUGUUACAUUUGUGGUUUGGCUUUCUGCUUGGUCUUCUGUGCUUCCUCAACAGCCCCAUGUUGGAUUUAAAUGUCAAAGAACUGGUCACCAACUAUCUCCUCCUUGCCAGUGUAAUUAUGAAAACAGUAUGGGCUCUAACUGAGAGAAUAUGCAGCUCUGUCCGUUACAAAUCAACAUUAUUAACAUCAGCAGAGCUGCUGGAACUCCUGGGAUUUGGUAUUGCUAGUACCGCUAUGCUUUUUUACAAAUCAGUGGCCAUCAUAGGCUUGGUAGUGGCCCUGGGGGCUCUCAUUGUGGACCUGAGGAUGAAAUCCCUCCUGGCCUUGCCCAACCUGGUCUGUUUUGGCUUGGUCACAUCCCUUGUGUUCUUCCAGGCAUUAAGCAUCUCAGCCAACCCUUAUGCUUUAGGCUGCUACCUGGGUAGGCUCCUGUGUGAGCCGGUGCUGGAUGUGUACUUCAGUGGGCUGGGGCCCAGUGAGCGCUGGAUGCCAGUCCUGUCCCUGGGACGAGUUUGGAGGAGGUUGUCCUUGCUUCCACUGAGUCUGAUGGAGCUUGCCUUCUUCAUCCUGGCUGCCUUAAAGCUUGGCCACUUGGAGCUGUGGUAUCUUGUGAUCCCAGGCUUUUGCCUCUUUAGUGUAUUCUGGUCCAUCUGCCACAUAAUUCUGCUCAUCACAAUUUGGGGGUUUCACACUAAGCUGAGUGAGUGUCAGAAGGCCUGGCGGGCCCAGCGGUCCAGUUCCCGCAGUCUGGACCAAGUCAUGGCGUCCAGGGGCAUCCGACACUUCUGCCUCAUUUCAGAACGACUAGUAUUCUUUUGUCUCGUGUCAACAGUGAUACUGGGGGCUGUGUCCUGGCAGCCCACCAACGGCCUCUUCCUCAGCGCUUUGCUGGUGGUGUUGCCCUUGGAGUCUCUGACCCAUGGCUUGUUCCAUGAGUUAGGAAGCUGCCUGGGGGGAACCUGUGUUGGAUAUGCCCUGGUCAUACCCACGGCUUACUGCAGUGCUGAUGGCCAGCCCGUUCUCCUACCACCUGAGCAGGUACAACAGUUAAAUCAGCGCUCGACAGGUAUGCUCAACAACGUACAGCGCCUCUUCUCCCACCACAUGAUCCAAACGUUCGGCUGCGACUACUCCACCAGUGGCGUUACGCUGGAGGCCGCGCAGAGCAAACUACGUGACUUUCUGGAACGCCGUACCGCAGAUGGGCCCCGACAUGACACCUAUCUGAUUUUCUAUAGUGGACACACGCGCAAAGGCACCGGGUCCUGGGCUCUCGCAGGAGGUGAGAGUCUUCACCUGGCCCAGUUACUGGAGCUGUGGAAGGAGAAGAACACCAGCCACUGCUCCCGCCUCAUCCUCAUCUUGGACACGGAGAACUCCGUACCCUGGGUCAAGGAGGUGCGUAGGGUGGACGGGAUCUACGUAGCCGUUCAGGGGGCUGAGCUGUCCACCUCCGGGGUCGACCCAGAGGCUGGAGACGUCCCCUUGUUGGGAGACUUCACUUCCGAGUGGGUGGAGUUCAACUGCAACCCAGACAGCGACACGCAGUGGUCAGAAAGGGGGAGGAGUGUGGCGCCCGUCUACGGCGUGUCCAAACGCUGGAGCGACUACACACUCCAUCUGCCCACGGGGAGCGAUGUUGCCAAUCAUUGGAAGGCUCACUUUCCCAAGGCUACAUAUCCCCUGGUGCACCUGUCCAACUGGUGCUGUGGUCUGAACCUGUUCUGGUUCUGUGGCCUUUGUCUGCGCUGCUUCAGGAGGUGCAAACUUGCUUGGUUUCCACCCGCUGUACUGGACACGGGGCAGGGCAUUAAAUUAGUACAUUCAUAGGAAACGUGGGAAGCUGCAAUGUUCACUUUGACUCCAGCCAUUUUUGGUUAAACAGUUGGAGUGUGUUGGGUACAAGGUGUUUAUAUAGACCUAAUGUUUGAAUGCUGAAGUAACUAAUGGUCCGAUUUUCUGGUAUUUGUGACCUCCAUGUAUCCGUGAACGGAGCAAAUCUGCUCUCUUGACAAUGUCGCGCAAACAUUCGUAAUUAUCUUCUUUGUUGGUUUGUAACAGAGUGAAACGAACAGACGUCGGGACGCUUUGGUGGCUCCUUCAAAUUUAAGGCUUUUGGCCACAGCGCGUUUCCUUAUUCCUCGGAGGAGGCUAAAAGAUUGUAUGGCACUUUGCGGACACAUUCCUGCCUUAUUUGCAGCUGAUGAUCAAUUCCAAUUAAAACUUUUUCACUUCUAUCAUCUGUUGUUAUAGCAACCCCUGACUGCACACGUGAUACUUGUUCUCUAGAAGCAAUAUUAUCUGUCAAAGUUGACCAGAAUAUCUCACACACACAAAAUUAAUUAAAGUCUGCUUAUAUAAGGGAAAACAACAAUUAGUGUGUAUCCAUUGACAACAUUUUAACUCGAGUAAAGUAAAAUUAGCUCCUCAAAACUUUAUUCUUGCGUCAUAUUGACUUAAAGGGUUAAACAAUGCGAGUGCAGCACUAUUAUGAUCGUUUAUUCAUAUAGUUUAGAUUUAUAUUUAAGUAGUUAAUUAUGUCUUGGGAAAUCUUUGUUGCUAUGUGCCAAUUUUUUUUACCUAUAUUGUGUCUUUUAAAGGCCUUAAAGACAGAUAAAUCAUUUUAUAUAUAUGUGUGUGUGUGUAUCCUUGCCUUACUUAAUUUAUAUUCCGAGGGUUUAGCAGACAGUCUUAACUGGAACUGCGUGAGCGGGAGUAAGAUCAGUGUCUUCCUAAAACCUUGUGUUGUGGCUGAACUCGGUGACCUUCUGGUUACUGUAACGUCUGAAGCGCACAUCCAGCCUGUCACUCUCUCUGUGUGUGCAAUCCUUUCUGUUUACAUAAAGAAGCGUGUAUUUUUCCACCGAACAAAGCCAUGUAAGACAGUAUAUAUCAUCACCAGACAGUGACCCCCGAAUGGGCCUCAUCCCAUUUGUUUACACACAUUAAUUAAUCUUGGAAGAGGUCACUCUUUCCAAACGCAGCACGUUCAAGUUUGACUGUGACUUAUCAUGCACAGCAACAAAUCAAGACUUUCUAAGUGCUUUUCUUUCUUUCUUUUUUUUUAUUGGUGUUCUGACCUCAACAGUUUAUAGUCGCCAUCUUCUAUUUCCUUCGUAACUUGCUCUGGUUUAUUGCCUAAAAAAAAAAAGUGAAAAAGAGGUCAAGUGGUAUUUUCCGUCUGUCGUUUCCACGACCUCACCUGAGGUUUGUCCUAAACUAUCAUCAUUAAAUAACUUGGAAAAAUAA